CCGACACGAAUAAAUUUUGAAGAAUGAAGUCAAAUAAAAUUAAAAUCGCGGUCAGGCGAGGCUGAAGAACUGUGUAUCGAGCAGUCUUGUUGCGUUCGCCGCGUUGUAGUCGCGUACACAAAAACUAUAAAGAUUCCGAUAGUCUUAAAGAAAUCUGUCGUUAGCCGAAGUUAUAAAUAGGAUAGAAUAAUAAACAAUGGCUUACUCCUCGGAAUCGGAGUCGGACAACGAGUAUGAGCAGGUGUGUACUCGAGGAGGACGAUGUGGCAGCGAGAGUGCCGCUUUACCCUUCGACUCGGCUUGUAUCGAAAAUGUGAUAUUAUCAAUAAGCGACAGUUUUGAUUUCCGCGUUAUUAUGAGCGAUGAGAGGACUAAGGGAGCCCUCCUGGUGACCACUGGACUGGCUAUAGCUGGAGGGCUGAUUGGUCGCCAUUAUGGCGGGAAAAUUGGAGCCGCUGUUGGUGGAGCUGUGGGCGGCGCAUGCGGUCUUGGGAUAGUCGCUGUUUCUAUGAGGAGCAUUUGGCAAGAUAUUAAGGAUAAGCUCUCAGAUUUGUUUGAAAUGGUGUACGACUACUUAGCUGGACUGGGUUUGGACGACUACAAGCGCGCAGCAAUGUUCCUUACACAACAAGGUGACAAGACACAACUGGCAAUGCUCAUACUCGAAACAGCUUCUGGCAUCCUUGGCAAAAAGAUUCUGUCUAGCAUCACUGCUGCAUAAUAAAAUAUAUUUUAGCUAUUACAUUAAAUAAAAACAAAAUCUAUGACAUCAGCUGUAAUUACGAUCUAAAUUAUAAAAUGAAUUUUGCAAUGAAUUGUGACAAUUAAAAUUAGGACUUAAAUUAUUAUUCAAUAAAUGAAGACAGAGUAUUUUAUAUAAAAUGUUGACCAUUUUUAAUAAGUAUAUGACAUUGUGAUAAUUUUGACCCAAUCAUUAACUUUAUUUUCAUGUUGAUCAUGAAGGUAAAGGUCGAAUUUCAUUAGGGUUUUUAUAAUGUAUAUCAGAAAUUUUCAUUCAGAUUAGCAAAAAUAACUAGUUAAAUCAAUCUCUGUGAGAUAUUGUCUGUGUAUGAUGUUAUUUGUCUUGUCGUUUAUAAAAAUUGUAAAAAUAUUUCAAGGUCAUUCAUAUUGUAGCAUAAUAUUAAUAUUUGUAAGUAAUUAGGUUUAGUCUAGUACUUUUAGAUAAUAAGUCAUGUUAGUUUAGUUUAUAUGUUUUUUAAUAUUGCUAUCAUGUAUUGUAAAAUGUAUAGGUAUAUUAUGUGGUUUGUAUAUUGUUUUA